AUGGCGGCGGCGCAGGGAGGUCUGGCGGGCAGGCUGGCCUCGCUGCUGGAGACCUACCGGGGCAGAGACCGAGUGGUUCGUACCCUGUGCUAUGGCUGCCAGCUGGCAGGAGGGGCCCUGGCCAGGAAGGAUCCGACCAAGGCAACCGUUGGGCGCAGCCUGCUGGCCCUGUCGGAGCAGCUGAGCCACUGCCGGACCGUCCUGCGUCUCUUCGAUGACCUGGCCAUGCUGACCUACAGUUGCCAGUACGGGCUGGGGGGCAAAGAGGAGGACGCGGCUGUGCGCUGGCUCUCCGUCCUCAACAACCUGGCCGACCAGCUGUACUACCCCUGCGAACACCUGGCCUGGGCUGCUGAUGCAGAGAUCAUCCGUGCUGACUCACAGAAGUGGUGGGCGCUCAGCAUGGCGCUCUGGGGGGCAUCUCUGCUCCUGGGGAUCGCACGCUCUCUGAGAAUCCUGGCCCAACUCAGAAGCAAGCUGCAGACACAGCCCAGAGCCCCCUCUCCUUCCCCGGACCCGCGUGGAAAAGGGAAGGAGCUGCGGGCCCAGGCCAAAGCAGAGGCGCUGACCAUCCUCAGCAACACGGCUGACCUGGCCAACGCCGUCCACUGGCUGCCUCCGGGACUGCUCUGGGCUGGGAAGUUCCCCCCGUGGCUCGUUGGCCUCAUGGGGACCCUCUCAUCCCUCACUGGCCUCUACCAAACCUACAUGAAGGGCAGCGCAGGGACGGUGUGA